AUGGCGGCGCCGGAGCCGGAGCCGGAAGCGCUGUCCCCGGCCGCCGUCCCAGGAUUGGAGUGGCGUGAGAAAGCCGAGGAGACCCACGGGGCGCAGGUAGACCUGCUGGAGAGUGCCGCCGCCCGAGGACCGCUCAGCCCUCCGGAACGCUUCUGCCCCAUGGUGCCUGUGGUGUUUCCGGGGCCCGUGAGCCCGGAAGGCUGCUGCCGGUUUACUUGCGAACUUAUAAAGCACAUUAUGUAUCAACGCCAGCAACUCCCCCUGCCCUAUGAGCAGCUGAAGCACUUCUACCGCAAACCUGUACAGGCAGAAGACGUGGUGAGGAAGAAACCCUGGACUGCUGCGGAGAUGAGCAGCAGGAAGUGCCAACAAGCCCUGGCUGAACUGGAGAGCGUCUUCAGUCACCUGGAAAGCCUCUUUGCCCGGACACUAGUACCCCGAGUGUUGAUCCUCCUGGGGGGUAGUGUCCUAAGCCCCAAGGAGCUCUACGAGCUCGAUUUGUCCCGACUCGUUCCUGACAGUAUGGAGCAGGGCAUCAACACAGCGGCUUGUCUGCGCCGCCUCUUCCGAGCCAUUUUCAUGGCUGAUGCCUUUAGUGAGCUGCAGGCUCCUCCACUCAUGGGCACCAUCAUCAUGGCCAUGGGGCAUCGAGACUGUGCGGAGGAUUGGUUCCGACCCAAGCUCAACUACCGAGUGCCCAGCCGGGGCCACAAGCUGACUGUGACCCUGUCCUGUGGCAGGCCACCCAUCCCAACCACAGCUUGGGAGGAUUACAUCUGGUUCCAGGCCCCAGUGACACUUAAAGGCUUCCACUAGUGAGUGAAGGUGUCUCCUGAUCAUGAAACACGAUGGCUGGAUUAUCUCCCCUGCUGGGGCACCGAGUGUUCCAGCGCAGGCGAGCGCUGGAUCUGCCUCCCAGUGGAGGAGGAAGACCAGGUCUGGCUGCCUGCCGUCUCUCUUCAGGCUUCUGGCAGACUGAUGGUCAGAUCCCUUGUGAGCAGCAUCCCUUUGAAUCACAGGAUUGAUCUUCCCUAGGGUCCCCGGCCCAGGGGUUCCGUGUGGGGUGGGAGAGCAAGUGUGGCACGUGAACCCACCUGUGAAGGAGGCGCGUUUCUGCUUUCUGUGAGGCCUUUUGGGAUUUUUUACCUGGAACAUAACGUAUGUGUGAUACAUGAGCUUAAAUAUAAAAUGAAUGAAUUCAUACAAAAUUUCCCUGAAAAACCUUUGGGUCAGAGACUCUCCUUUCUAUAACUAGAGUAUUUGGCCUCUUCUGCUCCAGGAUUUCCAGGCUUUUAUUACUCGUGGUUCUUGGUCUUCAUCAGCCCCAGGCCAAACUGGAAAGUACAGUGCUUGGCAAGUACUGAACCUGUCAGACUGGAAGGAUAGCGGAGCUGGAACCGGGGGCCUCUUCAGCUGACUCUUUGCACUGAGCUGACGCUUCCUCUCCUUGGCACAUACUGGGUUUUUUUGCGUGUGUAUUCUUUAUUUCAAGUUUUUAGGAAAUGCCAUUAGGCUAUUCCUCCAGACGAGAGUCAAGAUUACCUCCUUGGGAGACAAGGGUGGAGUUCUGUACACAACUGAGAGAACAGCGGGCACCCCCUUCAGCUGAAACUUGACUGCUGACCAGAGAAAACAGUUCCCGGUGGACCCAGUGGAAAAGCAGCCAGGCCAGGGAGGGUGGGUGCCCAUCUGAAUCCAACUUCAGUUGCCCUCAGGGCAAAUCUCCAGAGCUCACAGAAGUGGAGGCUGUGUGGGGAAGCUUCCAGUACAGCACAAAGGCGCCAGGUGCCUGUUUGGCCACACCCCUGGCUGGGGGGUGCCAUGAGAUAGAUCAGUGCCACUCAAGUUCCUGACCACCCAACUCCUGCCGCAGAAAGUCCCAGAUUGAGAGUCCAUUGCCUCUGCAGAUCAUUCCUAUGGGUGGCGAGUCUCCCGAGUUGUUGGAGAUCCCGCAGCGGUUACGGUUUUGUGACUGUUAGGUCUGUCUUCCCAGAGCAGAGAUCACCUCUGAUGCGGGCAAAAGUCUGGUAAGGCAUGAAGCUGGCCAUGACAGUGGGACCACUCUGACGAAGGGGAGUGCUCUGACCUUGAGCUUGUGUGUCGGGAAGUGAAGGUGCUGCAAGAAUGCUGAGAGGAGAGGCGCUCCCUGCAGGCUGAGCUAGAGCGGCACCAGGUGUGCUCAGCUGGAGCCCGGAGUGCUGCUGCUGAGCCGUCCACACAGGUGCUGCAGCAUGGCCGCCACCACUUAAACAUCUCAUGGGAAUCAGACCAUCAUGAGGACCCAGCAAUCUCCCACAAACUCUUCUGGGGUCUAAAUGUUCCUGGUGAACCUAACCCAUUCUGCCCCUCAAAUGCAGGAGAACAGGGCUCUACGCGCCUGUGGUGUGAGGGCUGAGAAAAAGUAAAAGUGCAUUUGCAGGGCCUCGUGGAACUGUGGACUUGUCUGUAAGCAAGCCCUGUCCUACCUGCAGCAGUUCCCCCCCAGCCAUCUUGAUCCUCCUUUCUCUGCUAGAUGCUGUCCAUCAGCACCAAGUGGGGAAGCUCUUUGUCCCAAGGGAAGGAGAACAUGACACUUCCUGAAUGCCAGCGGGAGACAGGACCCUCUCUCCCUGCUGGUGUUGGAGCUAUGUGGAUGCAGAUCCAAAUGGACCACACUCACAAUUCUGACUCAUAGCGACCCUACAUACAGGACAGGGCAGAACUGCCCCCGUGAGUU